CACCAACUAAUUGCAAAGUUAAGCAGUCCAUGAAUGUUGAGUGGCCAACCUACACAUACAUUUGAUGCGCGCUAUACAAAUAACAAAGUUGGGGUGCAUUAGGACAGACAACCAAAGGCAUAAUAAAAGGAAGUAAUAGUAAUAGUAAUAGCUAGCUAGCGUGGAAGAAAUGGAUGGUGAAAGCAAGGGCAUAGUUUGUGUCACAGGGGCUUCUGGGUUCUUAGCUUCAUGGUUGAUCAAGCGCCUCCUCUUGGCAGGAUACCAUGUUGUGGGAACUAUUCGAGAUCCCGGAAACGAGAAGAAGACAGAACAUUUGUGGAAGCUUGAAGGAGCCAAAGAGAGGCUCCAGUUGAUGAAGGGCGACCUGAUGGAAGAAGGCAGUUUUGAUGAAGCAAUCAUGGGAUGUCAUGGUGUCUUCCACACUGCUUCUCCUGUGUUAAUGCCUUCACAUGAUCCCAAGGCAUGCUUGCUUUAGAAUUUCUAAAGAUUAGAUAUACAUAUAAAUAUGAUUAUUACUAUUCCAUUUAUCUUGCAACUACUAGUACGUUUGUGCGUACAGGUAGAAAUAUUGGAACCGGCUAUCAAAGGUACACUCAACGUGUUACAUUCUUGCAAGAAGAACCCAUUGAUGAGACGCGUGGUUCUAACCUCCUCCUCGUCAACUGUGAGGGUAAGGGAACAUUUCAAUCCCAAUCACUCUAUUGACGAGUCGUAUUGGAGCUCCGAGGAACUGUGUGAAAGAUUGCAGCUAUGGUAUUGUCUGUCCAAAGUGUUGGCGGAGAAGACAGCAUGGAAGUUCUGCAAAGAGAAUGGGAUCGAUCUGGUCACUGUUCUGCCAUCUUUCGUCAUCGGGCCUAGCUUGCCGCCAGAUUUAUGUUCUACUGCAUCUGAUGUCCUUGGCCUCUUCAAAGGCCAAGUGGACAAGUUCCAGUGGCAUGGAAGGAUGGGAUACGUUCAUAUCGACGAUGUUGCACUCUGUCACAUCCUUGUGUUCGAGACCAAAGCUGCCACGGGGAGAUAUCUUUGCAGUUCCAGUGUAGUGGACAAUAACGAAUUGGCAUCCAUUCUUUCUGCACGCUAUCCAUCCUUUCACAUCCCUAACAGGUUUGUAGAGCUGGGCAGGCCAUACUAUGAGCUGGAUACCUCCAAGGUGAGAGGAUUGGGAUUCAACUUCAAGACAAUUGAAGAAAUGUUUGACGAUUGUGUGGCAUCGCUCCUGGAACAAGGUCGUCUCUCCACAAACACCACUGCAUGACCGACCGACCGACCGUCCCACCACCUAUUUCCUGCCUUUUGGAGAUCAAUUAAUAAAUUACUUCAUUAAUUACCAGUCUAUCGAUAGAGAUGGCGAAUUCUACAGUCCCGGGAUGCACCCGUGCCGUUGUCAAUCAACCGCCAAUUGUCGGUUGUCUUUCCUCUUUACGUUUCUUUUUUUAUGGCAAUACAUUGCCCUAUGAAAAUACUAAAAAGCCAAAACAUGUUCUACGGUUUUCAUUUGUGUCAAUUAUUUUAAUUAUGGAGA